UUUGGGUUGAGUUUUUCUUGCUCGGUACAGCCCUCUGUUGAUGUACCAGAACAUUUGGGUUUAAAUACAUUAAAUUUCGGUUUAGUUGAACAAUCAAUCUUAUUGUUUAAUUCUGUUUUUAAUUUAAAUCGUGUAAUUCAAGUUAAUUUACUCAAAUGUCUUGUGCUCGUGGAAAAAAUAAAGCAGUUUACCACCAUAUAAGGAAUUUUGUUCACCUGGUCUCAACUCCUGUUGGAAAUGAAAAAAGGAGGAAAGCAAUUGGUAACAUAUUGUCUCCAAAUAAUGAAUUCAAUGAGAAGGAACUGAUUGAAAUAUGGAAAGGAUUGUAUUACGCUAUCUGGUACACUGAGGUUGCUAAAUGUGAAGAACUUAUUUAUGAUGUUGCGUAUGGAUGUCGCUAUCCUAAUGAAAAGGCCUAUUUGAUUGCUGGUUUCAAACUAUUAGCUCGAGAAUGGAUGGGAAUAGAUUUUUAUCGUGUUGACAAAUAUGCUUUGUUGGUUCGCCACAUGGUCAAUCGUAGCUUAAGGAUAGCAAUCCUCGAAAGCGAUCCAAGAGAUUUUGAAUUUUUAGAUGAAAUUUUUCAAACUUCUCAAAAAUCUGUUGAACUUUGCAACCACAUCAUUGAAGUUUAUCUGGACGAGCUUAAAAAUGUUACAAUGCGACAAGUAAUAUGGAACCCUGAAGAAAAAUCAGAUGUUUAUGUGAAUGCCAUCAAGCCUGUGAUAAAGAUAAUGUCUACCAGUACCGACUCACGAGUUAUGAGCACGAUUAAGGAAUAUAUUUUUAUUGAAAUGCAAGCAUUUCUAUCUUCUGAUUGUGAAUCUAAAUGGCAGGACAGAUUUUAUCAAAAUAUUUUCAAAGAACUGCUCAAUGCUGGUAAAGGAGAAGAAAUUUGCUUAAAAAAUCGUAAAGCACUUUUCGAUACCGCCAGCUUAUUUAAAGAAUCCUGCUAAUGUUGAAUACCAACUGAAUUGUUGAAACUAUCAUUGUAAAUUGUUUUCUCAUCGACCACGCUCUACACGCUUUAAAACUUUUCGAGAUAAACUUUCAUAUUGUGUUGAA